AUGCAACACGCGUCGCAGCACUUCGACCGCGUGACCAUUCUGUCCAUCAGCGUAGUUUACCGCUCAUCCAUUGUCGAGAUCGGCCGCCGCUUUCUGAACCGUGCCGUUCUCCCCAAUCUCACGCGCCUGGGCCUCGUAUCCCAAGAGACGGAUGACACGUCCGCAUUUGUGGACGACGACGACGACCACAUGAGUCGUUAUGAGAAAUGCACUGCCCACCCCGAGUUCCCCGAACUGCGUGAGCUCCAGAUCGACGCGAGGAGCUUCUUCGACCUCUACCUCUGCGAUACGGAAUAUCCAUGCAACCAGUUCAAAUUGCGACUCACGAAGUACGGAGCGGCGGCAGACACCCACUCUAAGUACGAGAGCGCGAACAUGUUGGAUCUCAUUGACGCUCUAAGCGAGCUGAGCAGGGCGGUGAACACGUUUGACCUCGAGAUUGAAGACGUUGCAACCCCUCCAGACGAUUUAGGAUGGGGGCACAAAGCCUCAUAUCCACGGAUCGAAAACAUAGCUUCGGUCAAGCUCGUCAACAUUCAAGGCCCUUUUGUCUCGACGCUCUUUGAUUGCAUGUCAGAGGCUCCCGAGUCGACAAUAAUCGAGAGAUGCGAGGUCAAGGAACACACUGUCAUGAAAGGCGAGGAACUGCGUCUCGUGGGCAUCUCCGGCCCGUCGUUGCUGUACCUAGUAGGAUUCUGGGAAGGUCUGAGCUUAUCUGUCAAGGACUGCUCAGGGUUCAACGACGAUUUCCUUGAUGCCUUAUCAAAGCACAGUCGCGGUGUCACUUGCUCUAACAUGGAGAGCCUUGAAGUCGAAGGGUGCACUGCGUUUUCUGCCGAGAUGCUCAGAGACACAUGCGACAUACGCGAUAACAUCGAACAGUUGACAGUAUCUGAUGGACCGGAGCUCAAUGAAGUUCAGAGGAUGUGGUUCGAGGAUAACUUUGACAGGUUUUAUUGGUCCGAAAUGAAGUAG